AUGAGUGUUUAUAUUGAAAAGAAAGAGAGUCUUAAGAAAGAACGAUGGGAAACAAUUGAGCGUAUUGUUAAUGAUAUUGUUGAUGAAGGCUCAAUAGAAGAAUUGGAACGAAUGAAAGAAUGUAUUAAAGAAAAAAUUAAAGAAUUUCAUUAUAACCAAGAAAUUAACAAAUUUCAAGGAUUAUAUUCUGAUAACAAAUAUAAUGGUCCUACAAUUGAUCCUGACCAUAAAAGUGAUGAAGGGAGGAGUUGGUUUAAUUAUAAAGGAAACAAUAUUAUAGUUAUUGACUUAAAUAAAUACCCAUGUCCAGAUGCUAACCCAAACACAAUUCAAGAAUUUAAUUUAAAUGGCAAACUGUAUUAUGUCACUUUCAUUUAUUCUUAUUCUUCAGUUCUUACUCUCGAGAAGGCUGAACAAUUACUUAUUUGGCAACCACUAAAUACUCAUAUUAUGAAAAUUAAUUUAACAAUCCCUUUUUGGUGGAAAGAUGACUUAUUUCCAUAUAUCGUUGAACACCGACCAUACUCUCCCUCUUGUGAAUCAAACGAAAAUUCUUCUCUUUCAGUACAAGAUUUAGUUGAUUCAACAUUUCUAGUAAAUUCAAGUGAAUUAGAGGAUUUUAUUGAUAUUCCAAUACUGAUUCCUAUCCCUGUUGUUAAAAACCGUUCUUGUUAUUCAAUUUUGUAUUAUGAUUAUUGGCCUUCAGGUUCUUAUCAAAAUGUAUUACAAUUCAUCAUAUCGUCCAAUCUUUCCUAA